AUGCUUGAUGAAUUAGAAUUAUUGGUUGAAAAAGAAUUAGCUAAGUUAAAUUCUCUCAACGGAAAAGACAAGGCUCCUUAGGUUGUUCAACAACCAUUGAUGUAGAACAAGGACAAAGUCAAUCUCAUCAUCUCCAUUGAUAAUAAACCAAAAGAUGUUAAACAUCCAUCAACAACUGAGCAAUGUUCAUUCAGACCCAUGUUAUCUAGAAAGUCUUUGAGAAUGGCUGAGAAAUUGGGUGAUGCCAAGGAAAGACUAACUAAGCCUAGAUCGGUCACACCUGAAAUCAAAGAAUCAUCAUAAUCAUAAACGAGGAAAAGAGCAAUAUCUGGGGUUGCUCCAAGAUGGGAAUAGUUAUACACAUUAGAUCAAUUCUAUAAAUCAAAGAAGGAAGCUUUGAGAAUACAGAUAGAAAUGGAAAGAUCAAAAGAAAAUGAGACAACAUUUCAACCUGAUCUCUCAAAGAGUCAAACCAAAUAUUGUGAUUUUACUAUGCCUUUUGAUCAAAGAAAUCGAUAUUGGGAAACCAAAAAAUAGGAGAAACUUCUUUAAUAUCAAAAAGAUGUCCAAACUGAAAGUCAAUCGUUAUGCACCUUUAAACCUUAAGUAAAUAAAAAGAUAGCACUAAAAAGUGCAAAAGUAUCAGAAUUCAAUAAAAAAGGACUCAUAACCUACUUUGAAAGAGUCUAAUAAGCCAAUAAGAAGAAAGAAGAACCCAAAAAGUCCUCAAAAUGGAAGCCUGGAGUUACAAUACCACAAGAAUUCAAAUUAAGCCAUACUAAUAGAUAAUUAUGA